AUGGACAGCCAGACAACAAAGCCCGACACCGCACAACAAGCCCCAAUCGCCAACGCCAGCGCGACCGCCGAGCAGCCAUGGUACGCUGCAUAUCCUCCGGCGCGCUCCGAGCCACAGGCCAUCAGUCGACAUGACGUACUGCAACUCCUCAAAUCAGAGACGACGGCGGACUCGGCGUUCGUGCUCGUUGACCUACGACGAACCGAUUACGAGGGCGGUACGAUACUGGAGUCGAUCAACUUGCCAGCCCAGAGCCUCCAUCCGACCAUCCCAUCACUCUACAAGAUCUUCAGCGCUGCUGGAGUUCGCCAAGUAAUUUGGUACUGUGGGUCCUCUCGUGGUCGUGGAACUCGCGCUGCUAGUUGGUUUGCAGACUACCUUAAUGAACAGGGCGACGCCAAAAUGAAGAGCCUUGUCUUGAGCGACGGCAUCAAGGGCUGGGUGGCCGAGAAGGGAGUGUUCGUUCGUUACAUGCAGGAAUACGAUGAGUCCAAGUGGACGUAG